AUGUCAUUCUCUUCAGUCAAAGCUUUGAAGUAGAAGGCAAAAUAUUCAUUGAAAAGCUGCCAAUUUUAUAAUCUUGCAAUAAUUCUUUAUAUUCUUCCCUAGAAUGAACCUUGUCAGCCAUAAGACAAAAGCUUGCACCCCCUUUUUCUCUUUUCUCUCUCUCACAUCUCCAUGCACUCUUUGUCUAAGUAUAUAUGAACCUCUAUUAUUAUUAUUAUUAUUAUUAUUAUUAUUAUUAUUAUUAUUAUUAUUAUUAUUAUUAUUAAACUGAGAGCAAUGCAAGACACAGAGCAAAUCACAAGAAGAGCUCACAUGCCUUUUUCUUAUCUUAUCUUCUUCUUCUUCUUCACAAUCUUCUAUCUAUCUUCCCUUCAAGCUAUUCAAGAGUUUGAUAGGAUUCAUGGCCUCCCUGGCCAACCACAAACCCCACAAAUCUCUCAGUUCUCUGGUUAUAUCACUGUUAACAAGGAGAAUGGUAGAGCUUUGUUUUACUGGUUCUUUGAGGCUCAAACACUGCCUUCCAAGAGACCCCUUCUUCUCUGGCUUAAUGGAGGUCCUGGAUGUUCAUCUGUUGGGUAUGGAGCAGCAGUGGAACUAGGACCUCUAAAAGUUAAGAGGAAUGGAACAGGACUUGAGUACAAUAAGUAUGCUUGGAACAAAGAAGCAAAUUUGCUGUUUCUUGAGUCUCCAAUUGGAGUUGGAUUCUCUUACACCAACACAUCCUCUGAUCUUGCCAAAUUGGAUGAUGGAUUUGUUGCUGAAGAUGCAUAUAGCUUCAUGGUGAAUUGGUUGAAAAGAUUUCCACAGUAUCAAGCUCGUGACUUCUACAUCUCAGGAGAAAGUUAUGCAGGUCAUUAUGUUCCCCAACUCUCUGAGCUCAUCUAUGAACGUAACAAGAACACCAAGAACUACCCAUUCAUCAACUUCAAAGGCUUCAUGGUUGGCAACCCUGAAACAGAUGACUAUUUUGAUUCCAAAGGGUUGGUGGAGUAUGCAUGGAGCCACACUGUCAUAUCUGAUCAGAUUUAUGAGAGGGUUAACAAAGAUUGUGACUUCAAAUUGUUCAAUAACUGGACCAGCAAAUGCAUUCAAGUAAUGGACAUGGUGUUUGAUAGAUACAGAGAUAUAGACAUAUACAAUGUUUAUGCACCCAAAUGCAACAAUGCACAUCCAUCAUCAUCAUUAUACUCAAAGGUAAAACAGAAACAGAGGCUUUUGCAGAGGACCAGAACUCCAGCAGGUUAUGAUCCUUGUUACUCAGUUUAUGCAGAAGAGUACUUCAACAGAGUUGAUGUUCAGAGAGCAAUGCAUGCAAGUGUUAUUAAUAAUGGAAAGUGGAAGGUCUGCAAUGAAUCCAUAUUGGACAUUUACAACAACACUGUUUCCUCUGUUCUUCCCAUCUAUUCCAAGCUCAUUAAGGCUGGACUAAGAAUAUGGAUUUACAGUGGUGACGCAGAUGGCAGAGUGCCAGUAAUUGGGUCCAGGUACUGUGUUGAAUCUCUGGACCUACUUCUCAAGACACAAUGGCAGUCUUGGUACCACAACCACCAGGUAGGAGGGAGGUUUGUGGAGUACCAAGGACUGACAAUGGUGACUGUGAGAGGAGCAGGUCAUCUUGUCCCUUUGAACAAGCCCAGUGAGGCUCUUGUGCUUAUUAACACUUUCCUUGGUGGACAUAAGCUUUUAACAAACAAGUGGAAAUGAAAUUAUCUUCUCUCUCUAUCUCUAAGCAGAUUGAAGACAUUAUU